AUGGUUGAAACCACCAUCCAACAACCAGUAGAAGCUCCCGACUUACUAAAUGAAUCCAAAGAGCAAAUGAUUACAAGGUAUAAUAAACUACUUUUCAAUGCCGCCAUAUCUGGAAUGCUCAAAGGCUCAUUAUUUGCCCUUGCCACAGGGUAUUACUUUUCCUAUAAAUUCAAUCAUCCCCCUUAUACUCGAUUUUUCAAACCUUCUCGAAUGGUAUUUUGGUUUGUUGGUUGGAAUGUAAUUGGGUUGACUUGGAGCACCGAUGUAGCUAAAGUGAAUAUUACCAAGCAAGCUGCUUUGGAAAAUGAAAUUAAACGGAAUUUACUUAUGGAGAAGGAAUUUGCCAUGUUGCAAACGCCUAUUGAUAGAUCUAAGUAA